AUGCCCAACCACCAUGGCGCAGACGAGCAGUCCUCGUUCCUGUUCAUCAAUGCCUGCAUAGUAAUAGCGGUCAGCGCGUUUAUCUACAGGAGGAGCAGGCAGAUCGACGUCGAGUUGGCCGCGAUUCCGACUAUUGGAUGGUCAUCACCCCCAUUGUCAUAUAUAACGGCUAUCAUAUACACGCUUGACGCGAAUAGGCUCAUUCAGGAAGGCUACGACAAGUACCCGGAAGGUGUAUACAAGAUUGCAGGGCUCACCGGUUGGAAUAUCUUUGUCCGUGACAAGAGAUUGAUCGAGGAAAUGCGCAUGCACUCAAAUAACGAGCUGAGCUUGGGUGAUGCUGCCACAGACCUAGUAAUAACACCCCACACCUUCUCGUUCGACUCGGACGCACUGCAUAGCACCUAUAAGAGAGAACUGGUGGAAAUGCGGCUCACGCGAACUCUUAGUGAUCUAGUGCCACUUGUACACGAAGAAAUAACCCAAUACUUCGCUGCACAAGAGUCGCUGCUCGGCGACAACAAAGAAUGGGCCACCUUCUCACCGUUGAAUCUGUCGGCUGAUAUCACGACUCUUGUAUGGAGUCGUGUACUCGGUGGUCCGUCCCUUAGUCGGAAUAAAGAAUUCAUAGCUAGCUUCAGGUCGCUCCUGCGUAUGGCUCUCUCCAUGUCGCUACUGGCAUGGUGUCUACCCAGAAUGCUCGUUCGUCUGAUACUCCGUAUGCUUUUCCGGCUGAAGAUAUAUGUCCAUCUGAAGUCACUCUUGGAUGGGAAAGAUGUAUCAGAGUCACGUAGCUCACCAGAAGGACAAACCAUCUGCUCGUGGAUGCUUCUCGAUGAGUUCAAGCCAUCCUCCAUGGACAUAUGCGAAACGAUGGAAGUUCUGGCUUUAUCUGGCGUGUCGUCCUUAACAUCAGUGUUCGCUGGAAUAUUGCAUCAUCUUGCGAAGCACAGGGAAUACAACGACUUUUUACGCGAAGAGGUGCGCAAGAUAACUAGGCUAGAUGGGUGGUCCAGAAACGCUAUCGAGGAAAUGUCCUUCGUGGAUAGUUUUGUUAGGGAGAGUAUGCGGAGGGAGAACAUUCGCUCUGCAAGCAUGAUGAGGAAGGUCGUCAAGCCCUUUACCUUCUCAAAUGGACUGCGAAUCCCCGUAGGAACGAUCAUAUCCGUCCCUUCGAGGAGCGUACACAUGGACCCCGAACGUUAUUCACGCCCAAACGACUUCGAGGGCUUCCGUUUCGUAACUUACGAAGAAAAUUUGCCAACCACAUCAGUACAACACAUGCUCAUUAGCACCAACUCGGAUUUCUUCGUUUGGGGGCAUGGCCGCGAAGCUUGCCCUGGCCGAUUCUUCGCCGCCACCAUCCUCAAGCUCCUGGUCGCGCACAUCGUGUCGCACUACGACGUCCAACUACCUAAGGGGAAAGAACAGGAGCGGAAACCACGCUGGAUAGAGGGAAACCGCGUGCCCGACUUCCGGUCCAAGAUCAUGCUCCGAAAGCGCCAGAGGCAUCAGUGA